AUGUCAGACACCGCAACUCCGGCUCAAGUUCCGGGCACGGACCGGCCUGCACCCAAUCAAGAUGAUCCCCUCCUUCAGAACGGCUCAUUUAUCGACCCCAACAACCACACCACCGCCGAUGAAACCCUAACCAGACAGAACAACAAAGGCAAUCAACAACCAGCGACGCCGGUUCGAGCGAAGAGAAGAUCAUCGGAGACGGCCAUUGAUAUGAGUUGGUUGCCGCCAGGAUGGGUUGUUGAAGAUCGGGUUAGGACCUCUGGUGCGACAGCUGGCACCAUAGAUAAGUACUACAUCGAUCCUGCCUCAGGUCGUAAAUUCAGGUCCAAGAAAGACGUGCAAUAUUAUUUGGACACUGGAACUUUGAAGAAGAAGGGAAAAGUGACAGAAAACUCUGAUGCCGAUACUAAUUCUGCAGAAAAUUCCAAGGGUAAUAAAAACAAGUCUGGUGCAAACAAAAGUUUUGCUUGGAACUUUGAUUCCAUUAAUGUUCCUGGUAGGACCGAAUGGGUUCUUACAGAUGCAAAUGAAGAUGCCUGGACUCCCUUCAUUGAUGGUAAAAAAGUACCUCUAUACGAUAAGGAACAAUGGGAUUUUGCAUUUGCAUCUCUGACGACAAGCAGUCAUGGUUACAGAAAACAUUGA